AUGAGGUCUUCAACACUCAUGCCAGCCCUGCUGGCCCUCGCCCGGGCCGCCGCGAUCCCCACUCCCACCCAGCCCGCCGCUGUCUUCGUCUCCGAGGAGGACCUCGACGCCGCCAUCAAGGAGCCCCUCGUAAACUUCGUCGACGGCAACGGCCCCGUCCACGGGUUACCCUGGUACCCGGACGACCCGUCCCCGCCCUCCGCCAACCCCUUCAAGCCCUACCGCGAGUACGCGGGAGCGGACGACGGGCUCAAGAGCGCCGCGGAGGUGACAGACGGCGCCCUGGCCUGGGCGUCCCUCGAGCUCCAGGCCCUCACCGCCGCCACCCGCGGCCCUGACGAUCCCGACGACGACGCCGUGAUCCCUAGCGAGGAUGACGUCAAGGUGAUCACCGACGAGGUGGAGUCGGACGGGUACGCCUUCCCGGACGACGAGGUCAUCCGCAGCAGGUUCGUCGCGAUGCGCGCCCGGGACCUUGAGGAGAUCGCCAAGGGGCCCGCCGGCGCCGCCGCCAACGCCACGCUCCCGGCCGACUACCACCUCGGGCUGACGAAGGACCAGCUGUGCACGGCCUUCCGCGGUCUCAUGUGGAAGACGGGCGAGCUGAUCACGUCCGUGUACCAGUGGCAGCCCGAAUACGUGCCCUGGCUGGUUGAUAACAAGGGCCCUUACAUCUACGUCCUCGACGGCCUCCGUCAUAUCGAAUGGGUCCUGUGGAAGAUCGAUCGCGGUCUGCAUUACACCACCCCCUUCACCCCCGAAGAGGAGCGCGACAUCAGCCGUUGCUGGUUAGAGUUCUCCGGCCACGAGUGGCAGAGGAUCCGCCCCUUCGGCGGCCCCAGCGAGCUCUUCACGGCGCCCGACACGAAAGGGGUGCCGUCCAAGUGGCUGUUCGGCGAAAAAGAGCCCGCCACCGGCCCUUACACUCCCAGGCCCUUGUUCGCCCCCCGCCCCUCGCUCAAGAAGCUACUCCGCAUCAUCAAGGCCAAGGCGCCCGUGUCCAGGUACGAGACGUACGCCGUCCACCGCAUCCACAAGGUCCUGACCCACCUCGAAUCCUCUGUCAUGGUAAGUACGAUCCAAAUCCCGCUAACCAAAGAGCUGUUGCUCUACGACAUUGAAAAGGGCCAGGGCAUCCAGAACGCCCUCCACCUGGCCAAGGAAGCCUACAAUUGGAACAGGGCGGCCGGCUCAGAAAUAGACGUACUCCGCCCUCCCAUGCCGUAG